AUGAGCGCUAUGCGAGUGGAUGCCAAGGUGGUGAUGCUGGGCAAGGAGAGUGUGGGCAAAACCAGCCUGGUGGAGCGUUACGUCCACCACCGCUUCUUGGUCGGACCUUAUCAGAAUACUAUCGGAGCCGCUUUUGUGGCCAAACCAAUCCAGGUGGGAGACAAAGUGAUCACUUUGGGAAUAUGGGACACAGCUGGGUCGGAACGCUAUGAAGCCAUGAGCAGAAUUUACUACCGAGGCGCUCGAGCUGCUGUCGUCUGCUACGAUCUGACGGACAGCAGCAGUUUCCAGCGAGCUCGUUUUUGGGUGAAAGAGUUGCAAAAUUGCGAGGAGCACUGUAAGAUUUACCUGUGCGGUACCAAGAGCGACCUGAUCCAAGGAGACCGGAGUCUGCGUCAAAUCGACUACCACGACACUCAGGACUUUGCUGAAGAAAUCGGCGCACAGCAUUUCGAGACAUCUAGUAAAACGGGAAGCAAAGUGGAUGAGCUGUUCCAGAAGGUGGCCGAGGACUACAACAACGCUGUGUUCCAGAAUAUGACAGAAGAGACGGGAGUCAACUUGGACCACAAGAAAGACUCGUACUUUUAUUCUUGCUGCAACAGCAACUGA